AUGUCUUUCGUCCAGCGCCGCAUGUUCUCCGCCUCGGCGAGAAGCCUCUCCAAGGUCACCGUCCUCGGUGCCGCCGGUGGUAUUGGCCAGCCCCUCUCCCUGCUCAUGAAGCUCAACCCCAGAGUCACUGAGCUCGCCCUCUACGAUAUCCGCGGAGGCCCUGGUGUCGCCGCCGACAUCUCCCACGUCAACACAAAGUCCGUCGUCAAGGGCUACGACCCCACCGCCACCGGCCUCGCCAGCGCCCUCAAGGGCGCCGAGGUCGUCCUCAUCCCCGCCGGCGUCCCCCGCAAGCCCGGCAUGACCCGCGACGACCUCUUCAACACAAACGCCUCCAUCGUCCGCGACCUCGCCAAGGCCUGCGCCGAGUCCUGCCCCGACGCAAACAUCCUCGUCAUCUCCAACCCCGUCAACUCCACCGUCCCCAUCGUCUCCGAGGUCUUCAAGGCCCACGGCGUCUACAACCCCAAGCGCCUCUUCGGCGUCACCACCCUCGACGUCGUCCGCGCCUCCCGCUUCGUCUCCGAGAUCAAGUCCACCGACCCCAAGGACGAGAACAUCACCGUCGUCGGCGGCCACUCGGGCGUCACCAUCGUCCCCCUCUUCUCCCAGUCCAACCACCCCGACCUCUCCUCCAACGCCGAGCUCGUCAACCGCGUCCAGUUCGGCGGUGACGAGGUCGUCAAGGCCAAGGACGGCGCCGGCUCCGCCACCCUCUCCAUGGCUUUCGCCGGUGCCCGCAUGGCCGAGUCCCUCCUCCGCGCCUCCCACGGCGAGAAGGGCAUCGUCGAGCCCACCUUUGUCGACUCCCCCCUCUACAAGGACCAGGGCAUCGACUUCUUCUCCUCAAAGGUCGAGCUCGGCCCCAACGGUGUCGAGAAGAUCCUUCCCCUCGGCAAGGUUGACGCCGCCGAGGAGAAGCUCCUCGAGGCCUGCUUCGCCGACCUCAAGAAGAACAUUGCCAAGGGUGUUGCCUUUGUCGCCUCCAACCCCCCCAAAUAA